AUGAGUGACCAUGAAGCUCUUGAGGAUUUGAGGUCUAAAAUUAUAGCUUCUAUGAAACCCAAUCAGACGAAGGAGAACGCAGGAAAGCGUGUCACCGCCCCAAGUGAUGGUAACAGUGCUGGAGGGAAGAGGCCCCGAAUCAGUGAGUUGCCUAAAGGGCCAAGAAAUGGUUCAAAUACCUAUGCAUCACCAAACGGUACCUCCCGAGUGAACGAACCGAGGACCCAGAGCAGAUAUGGAGGUGCGAUGGGGCAUCAUGACGGCAGGCGGUCUACAUCGCGGUUCAAUAAUCAUGAUAGAGCAUUUACAGGACAAUCUGUGAAUAUGUAUGGUAGCGGUGGGUCUUAUCAAGAGCCAAAUAAUGAACAUUUAUCUGCAACUUCAAAUUAUCAACGUCCAGGUAAUAGUUUUUUACAAGGUGUUGCCCCGAUUGACCAGAGAAGAAGAAUGAGACCUACCAGAUGGGAUGUAACUCCGAAAGGUUUUGAAAAGGUUCCAGCCGAGAGGGCCAAACUUAGCGGGUUAUUUCCUCAACCUGGUCAACCGCAAGAACUAGAUAGAUACAAGCUAGAGCGAGUCGCCAUUCAUGGUGGUACCAAGAGCAGAAGAACAAGAAUUUUAUUUGACGACGCAACAAGCAAUAACCUUACAAUAUCGAGAAUGACUUGUAGACUAGUGAUUGAGUUUCCUGUUGGUAAAAAUUGGAAUGAACGUGAAUUAGAGCGAUUUUUGACGAAGUUUGUAAAAUCGCUUGGAGAACAAUACGAAAUGAAAAAAAUCUCUUCUGAAUCAAAUUUUGCUUUGAUAGAAUUCAACUCACCAGAAUGUACAACUUUGGUUUUUGCAAGUAGAUUGUAUAUAAUUCGGGAAGCAAAACUAGAAAAUGCUACGUGGAAAAGACCAAAUGAGUAUGUUCAACAACUAGAUCAUCCGGAUCGAUUAUGUGCUCCAGAUAUAAUUGCGUUACAGAGCUUGAAUGAUGAAGAGGAGAUAGAAAAAAUGUUGAAUGAAAACGAGAUAAAAUUCAAUUCUUGUCAACCUAUAUUUCUAAUGGAAAAUGGCGGAUCUAAAUUAUUCACCGGUUGUGCAGUGGUAGAACUUUCAGAGAUUGAUGAGGAUAAAUUGAAUAAUUUAAAGAAUGUUUCAUGGUUCAAACCAAAUUAUAGCAAAUUAUCUCAAAACAGCAGUGCGAUAAAUUUCCAAACGUUACCACUAUUGGUAGCAGAGGCAAAAAGGCCAAAUUCAAAAGUUAUCAAAAUUUUUAACUGUGUGGAUCCAUUAGACUUAAAGUAUGUACCGUUCCAGGAGGAGAUAGAGGAAACUUUAAGGGAGAUGCUGAACGACGUAGAAAUUAUAUGGAUGAAUAAACCAAACGUCAAUUACAGAUUAAAUUUUGAAAACAUUGGUGAGGACAUUGGUAAUAUCUAUGUCAAGUUCAAAACAACGGAAGCAAGUGAAAAGGCAAUGGCAGAUUUGCCGGGUAAAAAAAUAAAUGGCAGAACUAUGCUUUGUUCAUAUUUUGAUGAGGAUGACUUCAAUCUAAUAAGGUACAACUAA